GCCCUGAGCAGCCUCGGCAUCGCAGCCACCUCCACCAUGAAGGCCAUCAAGACUCUCCUCCUGCUCUGUAUGGUGACAUACUUCUGCAGCAGCUCAGAAGCCGCUAGCCUGCCUUUAACAACUGUGGACUGCACCAUUUACAAGAAGUACCCAGUGGUGGCCAUCCCCUGCCCCAUCACCUACAUGCCUGUCUGCGGUUCUGACUACAUCACCUAUGGGAACGAAUGCCUGUUGUGUACUGAGACCCUGAGAACUUAUGGAAAGGUUCAGUUUCUUCAUGAAGGAAGAUGUUAA